UGUGUGCUCGUCAGAAGAGGAAGUGAUGUCUUUUGUAUUUUAUAAAUGUCCACAGCGCACCACGUCCUGAGAAGGAAGGUCUUGAAUGGAGGUAGUAAAUUCGUUCUUUUCUUUUCUUCAUCUUAGAAAGAAAUUUAAAAACCCAGAGUUGAUGUUGCUGUCACAGCUUUAGCCACAUUCUACUGUGUAAUUGUCUGAAAGGAGAAGAUUCUUAAGCAAGUCGAAGAAAUCGCAUCUCGUGCACUCGCAAUGAUCACGCCACUUGUUUUCUGUUUUAUUACAUUUGGAGUUCACCAGCAAGUGCAAGCUUGUGGCGGUGUAUACAAUGCUCCAUCCGGCUCCAUUACGUCUCCAUUGUACCCGAGCUGGUACCCGCCUAAUCAGGACUGUGUUUACAUAAUGAAGGCAGCAAGAGGAUAUCGCAUAACCCUGACAUUUCUCCGUUUUCAGCUCGCAGAUGAAACUGAGAAUUGCGACUACGACUAUCUGCAGAUUAGAGAUGGCGGACUUGAUACGUCACCGUAUAUGGGUAACUUCUGCAACACAACAACUUUCCAACGACGAUCAUCGUCAAACACCAUGUGGAUGAAAUUCCACUCUGAUUCUUCACGAUCCGGAGCUGGCUUUCAGGCAAAAUAUACCACGGAGAUAAUCCUCCAAAAGUUCUUCCUUUUAACUGGAUCUGAACCUCCGGGCAUUUUCCGUUAUGAAUUCGACAUACCUAGCUGGGCUAGCAUCUCUCCCGGUGGGCUGAGAGAGCCUGAUGCCAUUGACUACAAUCAAGAGGAGAGUCGCAUCUACUGGACUGACAGAACAGAGAAGACGAUCAGAUCAGCGAGUAUUGAUGGCACCGACGUUCGCCUUGUUCGCAAUUUCAGCUCCGACUCCAUGCCAGACGGCCUGUGUGUAGACGCACUGUCCAGGCUCAUCUUCUACACAGACGCAGGCAAUAAAGUCAUCGGCAUGAUCACCAUGUACAGAAACACUCAUCGAAUAGUCAUCAACUCCUCACUUGACAUGCCAAAAGACAUCAAGCUUGACAAACACAAUGGUGUAAUGUACUGGAGCGACCGUGGCGCCACACCUACCAUAGAGCGAGCCAACUAUGACGGUACAGGACGUCAGACUCUGGUCUCAGGGGGCGAGUAUCUCAACCAACCGAACGCCAUCGCUCUCGACACAGUCGGUGGCAGACUGUACUGGGCAGAUGGUGGCACGCAGAAGGUAGGCUGGGUGGAUUUGAAAGGCACGAAAAGCUUGGUGAUUCUAACUGUCGAGGGAUCACUCUUCUACGCCAUGGACAUCUAUCAGAACGACCUCUUCAUAUCAGACUGGCAUUACAGCAUUUUUAAUAGAAAUUGGUCAUCAAUACGUCGCUAUGGAACGAAUGGGACAAAACAAAAAGAUGUUACAUGGUAUAAAGGACGAUUCAAUGAUAUCCGUGUCUACGCAGAGGAAACAGAAGACAAAGGGCCAAACGGAUGUGGAAACAACAACGGUGGCUGUAGUUACAUCUGUAUACCGACACCUGGCAACAGAAGUAAAUGUCUUCCUGAUGGCACAGAAUCCACAAGCACUGACGGCACAACUACAUACAGUACAACCACAUCACGUGAUUUGGUCACAUGGAGCUCUACAGGUGAACCCACCAAAUUACCAGGAGCAGAAUCUGCCAUCACUAGCUCUGUGACCAUCACUGUUGUCUGCAGUGUGGCUGGUGUAGUAGUUGCUGUCGUUGUCGCACUCGUCGUUGUGUUCAAACUAAGACGUAAAAGCGAUGACAAGCAAGGUGUGGCGUAUACAGGAAGAGGGACCACGCCUGAUAUCCCAUUGCCCGCCAUAUCACACUCAGCCUUUAAUGUUGUUGGCAACAUUUACAGCAAGUCUCGACCUGGUAAAAGCGGAGACAACUCUAAUGACGGAGGUGGGAGGAACUGUGAACAGCCCAAGACAUUCACAAAAAACAACCUCGUUCCUCCUGUCGCGAGGGACCAACAAGCGUUCACUGCCAAUGAAGUGUAUGUAGAUGCGGCAUCUUUAGAAGAGCCUUGUUAUGCAAAUUUUGUUUCUAUCCACGUUACAGAUGAGAGCAGCUGCCAACAACCUGUGACAUCCACCAAUGGGAAGCUACUUCGUUCCUUAGCCAAUAGGGAGCAAGCAACCACACCUAGUGAUUUCUAUUCCAAUCUGGGCUAUGAAGAAGAAAAUGUUUAUGAAAAUUUUCACUCCAGUCACAAAACAGAGUGAGUGAGAGACGAACCACUUGCUGUUCAGCUUUCAGUUGAAGUUCUGACUUCACCGACAGCAGGAGCUUUCAGAUGAAGUUUCCAUAGCAGCGGACCUACUUUUUAUGUCAGAGGAACUGAAUGACUAUUUUUGCUAGCGUUUAAAUAACUAUAAUCUUGUAAUGAUUCGAAGAAAGUUGAAUUUAUUUUUGUAUUUUACAAAAGCUUUACAUACUCUCUGAACUAACUUGUGAGCAAGAUAAGCAUUUAACCAAUUUCCAGCCUCCCUUCCUCUUCUUGAUGUCUUGGCUGGAAGGAUUUUGGUUGGUUCUCUCCCACAGGUCUGUAUUGGAGAUCUUCUCUGGCCAUCUGAUGUCAUCUGAUGUUGAGGAUGUGGCGCAGACAUCUGUUGACGAAUGUCUGUAUCUUGUUAGUGAUGGUGUUUAUCACUCGCCAUGACUCAGAUCCAUACAGAAGGACUGACUUUACAUUUGUGUUAAAGAUGCGGAUCUUGGUUGGUAGAGACAAAGCCUUGGAGUUGCAGAUAGGUCUUAGGGUGUGGAAUGCAAGCCUGGAUUUGU